AAUUAUCGGGUCCAAUAGUCCAUCACAUUGGGGGGUAGGGGCUCUUCACUCGUGACUCGUGAGAGAAAAGAAAAUUGAACAAGUGUUAGGGCUUGCCGGCUUUCGAUUUCUUCUGUCUCCGUCCUCCGCGCUCUUUUAUUCGUUACCCACCAUUCCAGAUUAAUAAAAAGGUUUUGAAGGGCUAGUUCUGCUGCUGUAUUCGUCAACAGCUGGGUGCAAUUCUCAUCCAGCUUUAGUGCUGAAAGAGUGCUUGGUCUCUACAAGUAAGAAGCAUGCCUCAUAGAACCCGACCCAUGACAGCAUUCUUGCUGUUCACUUCGGUAAAUGCAGUUUUAUGUGCAACCAUUACUCCAGUCUAUGAUUUUGUUUGCUUUCUUCCGUAUUGGGAAAGAAGGAGGGAAAGGCGUCGCCAGCAACGUGAAGGUACUACAGCUAACAGUUCCGCAUAGCCAUUGCAAGAUCUACAUGGAAAACCUUUUUGUGCUAGGAUUUUUAUUGCCCCUUUUUUCCCACAUGAUGUAAAAUAAUCAUAGAAUAUUUUGGGAUGAAAAUAUGAAAACUUGAACCUGCAUGGCCUCUUUCGCUAGACAUUGUUAUGGGUAACCAAAUAUUCAAUCAUGUCAAAUUUAGGUAGAUUUCUUUUUUAUUUAUUUACUUGUUUGGCAAUUGAUUUGCAUGAGUUAGUGUUGUCAGUUGAUUUAAAAUUCCAAGUUGGUAAACUUGAGUUAUCACCUAUAAGUGUUUUUUCUU